AUGCCUUCGAUGAUUUUCUAUUAAGUAAAACCCAAUAUGAAUUAUAUAAAUAGAAGAUAUUGGAUGUAGUCAAUCUUAACUAUUUCAAUGAUGGCCUUUUAUUUUUUUAAGCACAAUUCAUUUAUUACUUAUCAAACAAUUGGUACUAAUUGUGAUUGUAUGACUCAUAAAAAUGCAAUUACUUAAAGAAGAGUUUUAGUCAACCAAUUAUUUUAAGUAAAAAAGUUAUUGCAAAAUUAGUUUAUAUCGCGAAAAGGUAUAUAUGCUUACCAAAUUACUAAAUUAAUAGUAAUGAACAUGAGAAAAUCAAUAGAGUUUGAUGAAGCAAUAGUUUUGGAUCCAAUUUUGCCUGUUCUAAUAUAACUUAUUAUUUAUGAUAAUUAUGUUAUAGCUGUAUUUGAAGUUCCAAUUUAAUAAAGAAAUUUUCUAAAAUAUGAAAAAGGUAAAAUUAUGCUUUGCAGUUCGACUAUUGUUGGAUUGGAUUAAUGUCUUGAGAUGAUGGCAGCUAAAUUUCGAACCACUAUUAUGAAUGCAAUCAAUAUAUUAAAGCUGUAAUGA